AUGAAGGCCAACCACAGCAGCAGCUCCGAGGAGCGCUUCCUCCUGCUGGGCUUCUCCGACUGGCCGACCCUGCAGCCGGUCCUCUUCGCCUUCGUGCUGCUCUGCUACCUCCUGACCCUGAUGGGCAACUCGGCCAUGGUGCUGCUGGCGGUGCGCGAUCCGCGCCUGCACACGCCCAUGUACUACUUCCUCAGCCACCUGGCGCUGGUGGACGCCGGCUUCACCAGCAGCGUGGUGCCGCCGCUGCUGGACCACUUCAUCUGCGAGCUGCCCGCGCUGCUCCAGCUGGCCUGCGGGGACGGCGGCCGCGCCGUCGAGCGCCAGAUGUUCGCCGCCCGCGUGGUCAUCCUGCUGGUGCCGUCCACCGUCAUCCUGGCCUCCUACGGCGCCGUGGGCCGCGCCAUCUGGGGCAUGCGGUCCGGCGGGGGCCGGAGCAGAGCCGCGGGCACGUGCGGCUCCCACCUGACCGCCGUCUGCCUCUUCUACGGUUCCGCCAUCUACACCUACCUGCAGCCCGCGCACAGCUACCGGCAGGGCCGGGGCAAGUUCGUCUCGCUCUUCUACACCGUGGUCACCCCUGCCCUCAACCCGCUCAUCUACACCCUCAGGAAUAAGGAGGUGAAGGGGGCCGCGAGGAGGCUGCUGGGGAGUCUGGGGAGGGGCCGGGCCGGACACUCUGUCAUUGCUGUCUACCUGCAGCCCAAAAAUCCCUAUGCCCAAGAGAGGGGCAAGUUCUUCAGUCUCUUCUAUGCAGUGGGCACUCCCUGUCUCAACCCUCUCAUCUACACCCUGAGGAAUAAGGAGGUGAAGAGGGCAUUCAAGAGCUGUAACCCAGUGUUGGCUGCCACAUAUGUGGCUACAGAGGCCACCUUUGGGCUCUUCAGAGAUGUGAGGACAAAUAACAGGCUUCUGGCUAACCAAAAUGAAUUUUUUAUGCCAUCUGCAGCUAGUGUCAAUGGGCAGCCUGUUUUUGCCAACAUCACACUGCCCGUGUGUACCCUGACAGAGCCAUACCUCCCGCCCAAAAAUCCCUAUGCCCAAGAGAGGGGCAAGUUCUUUGGUCUCUUCUAUGCUGUGGGCACUCCUACACUUAACCCUCUCAUCUACACUCUGAGGAAUAAGGAGAUCCUGCACAUGUCUAUAUGGGUCAGCCUCUGGGAGCUGCUGGAAGACCACGCCUCCAGGUUCUAA